AUGCCAUACCUCCCCACCCCCCAAGCCUACCUGGAGCAAUCCGCCCUGCUCCUGCAAGCAUAUCCUGAUGCGACCAAGACCAAGACCAAGACCACCUCCAGCACCUCCAGCCCCUCCGCCUCCACAACCGCACAACCCGCCCAAGAAACCCAGCAAUCACCAACUCCCCAAUCGCAAGAGAAACCCCGCAUAGCCACCCUGACCCUCAAGACCUUCCACCCCGGCUCCGGCAUCUGUCUGAAAUACCGGACCAACAAGGGCGCCGAGGUGGGGCGGUUGAUCUCCUCGCUGGGCAAGUUGGCGGCGGGGGCGGAUGAUGCGUCUGUGCCUGCUCCUGUUUCUUCUGCAGUAGUUGGGGAGGGGGCAAGUGAGGGGGUCGUUUCUGCUGCGGCGGCGGCGGCGGCGGCGGGGGCUGGGGCUGGGGGUAAAAGUGGGAAGGGGAAGAAGAAGGGUGGGAAGGGGAAGCGGUGAUUCUUUCGGUCAAUGCUUGCGGACUGAGAAUAAGGGGUCUAUGUGGAUAUUUCUGAAGAGCGAUGGUUUACUCGUUUGGACUAGGGUUCGCUGGUGUGGUGGCAAGGAAAGAAGGAAGAAAUUGAGAUACCCGCGUUGAUGGUUGUGUCUGUCCUUGGACUUACUGUGGUGGAGGUGGACCGAUUGAGAUGAGCAGAGGAUAGGUCCUAAGGUGUGGCUCUAUUCAGAACGACUUCGUACAAACUACAAUGCCUUGACUGCGAUUCACCAGUGAUAC